GAGUGUAUAACACACUGCAGCCAGCCACAAUGUGUGUCAGAGGACUGUCUGUGCUCCCAAAGUAGAUGACUGCUCCAAAUCUGGUGUCUGUAUUACUGACUGCGAGAUUGGAGAAGAAUCGGUGCGCACAUUCUCAUCCCAAGUCAGAGCGAGGUUUUGCGACUGUGGGAUAACAUGCCGGCGGUCACAAGUAAAAACUCCGAUUUGGAGUUUGACUCCUUACAGCCGUGCUUCUACCCGGACGAGGACGACUUCUACUUCUGUGGUCCCGACUCUGCGCCACCGGGGGAGGACAUCUGGAAGAAAUUCGAGUUGCUGCCCACUCCGCCCCUCUCCCCGAGCCGAGCCGCGCUACCGGGGGAGCCGGCGACCGCCGACCAGGAAGCGGACCCGCUGGGCUUCGGCUUGGGGGACCCCCUGGACUGGGCGUCCGAGCUGCUGCUGCUGCCGGAGGACGAUAUCUGGGGCGCGUCCGACGACGGGGACCUGUUCGGCUCCGCUUUGGAUACUAACCCCAACAGCAUCAUCAUCCAGGACUGUAUGUGGAGUGGCUUUUCCGCCCGGGAGAAGCUGGAGCGGGUGGUCACGGAGAAACUCGGCAAGGCUAUUUCCACGGCCGCGGCGGGCGGCAGGAGCGCGUGCGUAAAGGCGCCGGAGGUGGUCAGCAGCAGCAGCAGCAGCUCCAUGUCGGAGUGCGUGGACCCGGCGGUAGUGUUCCCUUUCCCGGUCCACAAGAAGAACGGCAGCAGGGUCUCAUGCGGGGCCGUUAACACACCCACAGCCCACGGGAGCGCGUCCAGUGACUCCGAAGAGGAAGACGACGACGAAGCAGAAGAAGAAGAAGACGACGACGAGGAGGACGAUGAGGAGGACGAGGAUGAGGAGGACGAGGAUGAGGACGAAGAGGAGGAGGAGAUCGAUGUGGUCACGGUGGAGAAGCGGCGCUCCACAAUCAACAAGGCGUCACCCAUGGCGACGGGCACCGUCACCGUCUCUGUGCAUCCCAAGAGUCAAGACGCGAGAGGAGCUGUCUCAGGGUCCGCCGCGAUGAGCCGGUUCGUCAGCCGAGCUCCUCAGGAGCUGAUCCUGAAGAGGAGCUCGGUCCACCAGCAGCAACACAACUACGCAGCCCCCUCGCCGUACGCCUCAGACGACGAUCCCGCGCCGCCGCCAAAGAGGCAAAAGACAUCCGAGGCCCCGCGACCUCCCACCAGAACAAUCUCCUCAUCCUCCUCGUCUUCCCCCACGUCCUGCAGCUCGGUCACCUGCGCGUCAGGGCCGCGCAGCAAGCGCAGCAGCAGCGGGGACAGCAGCCCGCGCGGCAGCUCCGACUCGGAGGACAGCGAGCGCCGGCGCAACCACAACAUCCUGGAGCGCCAGCGCCGCAACGACCUGCGCUCCAGCUUCCUGACGCUGCGCGACCACGUGCCGGAGCUGGCGCACAACGAGAAGGCGGCGAAGGUGCUGAUCCUGAAGAAGGCCACCGAGUACGUGAGCUCGCUGGAGACGGAGGAGAUGAGGCUCCAGCAGGAGAGGGACAGACUCCAGGCCCGCAGGCAGCAGCUGAUGCGCAGGCUGGAGCAUGCAAGGACUCGCUAACAGACAAACCGAUACAACACAGAAACACUCACAUAUACCCUGGAUGACCCCCUCUUGUCUCAACUCAGUCUGAAACAAUAAGACACGCACGCACGCACACACACACACACACACACACACACACGCACACACACACACACACGGGCCUUUUCACUUCAGCACAGACACAUCGGCCUGCAUAUCUGUUGUAUAUGUGCGCACACACACAAACACAAUAUCUCAGAGGACGUUCAUCUUCAGAUGUCGGCACACACCUGGAGGAGGAGGAGGAGGAGGAGGAGGGGGGAUUGCUGGAGGGAUGCUCGGACUUUCACUGCAGCCACUUUUUUUGCACAUUUGUUGACAUUAAGAAUGUUUAGGGUUUACUUUUUUCCAAUCGAGUCACAUUGAGGAAAGAAAAAAAAGAGUGAGGAAGGAGAGGACACACUUUUUUUAGGUCUUCCCUUCCUCUGGUUUUUUAUAUCAUUUCUAUUUGUAUCUUGUUUUUUUUUGUUUUUGUUUUUGUACUCACUGUGACACCAGCCCGGAAUCAGGUGAUUCCCACAGGGACAGGUGUCAGAGGGCACUUUGCUUGGAGAGUUCACGUACAAGAAGCAGUGCACAUUUACUUUGCCUUCACCACUGCAAAAUAAACUGAAGAGACUUUGACGACUGAGGCGUAAUGGGUCACAUAAACAAUGCCACUACAGGUUCUCUUUCUCUCACUCCUCUCACACUGGUGCUCAAACCAAGUCAGUGGAUGUAUAAAACUGUGCACCUUGCUAGCCGACACUUUUGUAUAUAACAAUAGUGUACAGACAAAAUACACUCAGAUCUGCCUUGUUUUGUAAUACAUUUUGUCCUUGGUUUUUUUUUAUACAUGUCAGGAAAGCUGCCAAUAACUAGACUGGAAGUUUAUAUACCUUUAAAAAGUACUGUAAGGCCUCGAUUUUUGAGAGUCAUGAAACUUUGUAAUAUAACAAUAUAUUGUUUUUAUCUUCUUUUUCUUUGUAUUGUAUCAUAUUACUAAUUCUACACACCUUUAUGCUUUUAGUGUGAACCUGAUACAUACUAAAUUUGAUACUUAUAUUUUCGUAUGAAAAUGAGUUCUCGGUAGAUAUCACUUUAUCUCGUCAUUUUUUUCUCUCUCUCUCUCUCUUCUAUCUCAAACAAUUCUUUUGUACAGCAAAUGUGUUCUAUCCCUCAUGUACCUGGCCUUUUUCUUUCUUCCUCUUUUGUUUAUAUUUGUAACUAUCGGGUGCAUAGAACUGGGUAAACGGAUAUAAGAUGUUUGUUUUUUUCAUUUUUAAAAUGUACAUUUAGUGCUGCAACUCAUAGCACUUUGAAAUACCUCAUUUUGAAAAAUAAAUAGACAUCGUAAAAAACCUUG